AUGGUGUGCUACAAUGUGCCGCACUUUCUGGCCGAUGCGCUGCCAGACACGCUCGAGGUGGAGGAUACGCCAGCGGCGCCAGGCACCCUCUUCACCCUCUUGGGCGAGCGCCCGGGCGCGCUUGAAGCACCGCGAUCGGCUCUUGCUGCGGCUUGGGCUUCGUUCUCGGACAGGAUCGACGUCGGCAAGGCUGCGGUGGGUGCUGAGCUGCGGUCUCGGCUGGCCUCGCUGGUUGCUGGCCUGCAGUCUGCGUCGUCGGCGGCGGCGGGAAACCCGGCGCUUGCCGAUGCCCGCGCGCGGGUCUCGGCCAUGCUGCUGGCAGUCCACAAGGCUGCGCCGCGCCCUGCGGCGCUAAGCGAGGCGCUCGAGACCUCACGGUUCUUGGAUCGGCUCAGCUCGGCAGCGGCCAUGCCAGCCGAGGCGCGCGAGGCCGUUGCCACCGCCCGCGCCCGCAUCGACGGCUACCUUGCCCGGGCCACUCGCCUCGACGCCGAGGAGCUGGAGGUGUUCAAGGCUGCCGCCGCCAUGCUCCCACGCUUUGUCUCGCACACCUUUGACGAGUCGGUCGAGCAAAAGUGGCUGGGGACGCUAGCUAACGCUCCUCCGCCGCGCCCGGUCGUCCUUGUCCCGGGCGUCGGCGGCUCGCGGUUGAUGGCGUACCCACCGUCGUCGUCGUCGUCAUCGGUUCCCGGCGUCCCACGCGAUGUCUAUCUCUCACUCACCGAGUUCAACUCGCACUUUACAAAGUACCUCGGCGGCGAUUACGACUGGGACGCCUGCGAGUAUGUCUCACACGGCGAGGUCGACGGCGAAUUUACCAUCCGCCCCGAGGAAGGCGAUGCCGGCCUCGCUGCUAUCGAGCACCUAUGUCGAGUCGGCCCGCUUGGCGGCCUUGUCCCAUACUACGCCUCGUUCAUUGCCAGGCUUGAGCGCGUCGGCUACACCCGCGGCAAAACGCUGUUUGGCGCGCCGUACGACUGGCGGCAGGCGCCGUGGGCGCCUUCGACCCAGGCUGCCUUUGAGCGCUCUCUCGAGAUGGCCGUCGAAGCAGCCGACGGAGCCAAGGUUGAUCUUAUCACCCACUCGUAUGGCGGCCUUGUAGCCCAGUACUUCCUGGCCUUCUCUCCACACCGCGCUGCAGAGCUUGUUGAGAGCUGGACCGCCAUCGGCGUGCCGUUCAAUGGCGCGCCGGUUGUCCGCAACAUGGCCAUCAAGGCACCGAUCUUGUACGAGACGCUUGCGGUGCCUGGCGCCACCUGGGGCGACGAUCAAGCGCCCUGGCUUGCCUACCAGCUCGAGGGCCAGCGUCCGGUUCGGCUCACUAAUGACGCCGACAUUGUGGCACUGCUCGAGCGGGCAACGUCCGAGCUCGGCGCCACUGCCUUUCGGCGGAAUCUCUAUGACCGGGCCAUGGACUCGCGCCGAGCUAUGCGCAAGGCGCAGGCUGCUGCGGCAGACAUCCACGGCGUCCGCCAGCUGGUGCUCUACGGCGAUGGCAUCCCGACGCCUGCUGGUCUGGUCUUUCGCGACGCCGUCCCUUCCGAGGCUGCCCUGGUCGACGCCGAGCCGCGGUCGGCGACGAGCCGCUCCGGCGACAUGCUCGUUACCGUCUCGUCGGCGGUCGGCUCGGGCUACCCGGACCACCUCGUGGCCGGCGCACACGCCUUUGGCUACAACCACGUCGAACUCCUCUUUGCACCCGCUGUCUUUGCUGCCUUUAUGGGCUUCCGCUCUGUCUAA